AUGAAAUUUCGCAGUAUCGAGGAGGCUGCUGGGUAUGUGAACUCGCAGCUGGUUCUCAAGGGGUUCCUGAAACACGAGCUGUUGCUGAAGCUCGACGGCACAAUUGAUGAUAACAGGCUCGUGGUGAACACCAUCCACAGGCUGCUGAGGUCGCUCGACGACAAAAACGCACAGAUAUUGGAACUGCACGCCAGACAGCAGUUGCAGGACCAAGCCUCCCAAAAGGCACAACCAGAGCCUGUCGAAAAGUCUCCGAGAGCCGUGAGAAAGCUCGCAAGAGUGGUGAAGCCCACAGACAAAUCGCCUCGCACUGACUCAAAGCUGCUUUCACAGCGGUACAAAGUGAAGGUGAACAAGCUAGAAUCUACCAUAGAAGAGCUCCGGCAGCAGCUUCAGCUGGAGCGAAACAGAAGGCACAACGGAACAAGCCAUGCCAGCGAUUUGACUUGGGAAAUAAAUCAAGAUGUGACAGCAUUGUCGCGAAAUGUUCACUACACGCAGGUAGCGAAGUACGAGGAAGAAAUCUCAUCGCUGCUCGAAACCCGCGAUGAGCAUCAAGAAUUGGCUCGCGAAUUGGCCCAGUUCCUCGAAACUGUCAACCGCUACACAUAUUCAAGUGUGAUAAUGGGGGUCCGUGGUCUUCCGCCCCCUGCUAGAAGCCCGCGACUCCAGCAGCUGUCAAACGAUGAUCUUCAGGAACUCAUAGCCGACUGGUACGAGAUCGUGGCAAUAGCGCAGAAUUCGCAAUCGCCUGAACCGUAG